GAGAGGAGGGGACCACUGCCUCUAAAAUGACUCAAGACACCAGUUCUAAGAGUGUCCAGAAGCCCAGAGCAGAGUCACCUGCCCCCAGCCUGCUAUCAAUGAAGAGUGAUCAGCCACCUGCUUUCAGCCAGGAACCAUUACCAGAUGACAAUAAGGAAGUGGAGAGUUUGGACAGUGAGGAUGCAUUAAAGAUCACACACAACCUUCUGGACAGAAGAAGUCAAACUCUUCUGACAGUCCAACAAGACAUUAAGGCUAAACUGAAACACAAGUAUCAACACAUAUCUGAAGGAAUUGGACACCAUGGAAACCAAAGUCUGUUAAAGGACAUCUACACAGAGCUCUACAUCACAGAGGGUGGAAGUGGAGGGGUCAAUAAUGAACAUGAGGUGAGACAGAUAGAGAUGGCAUCCAAGAAACAAACCACACAAGAGACACCAAUCAAAUGCAACGACAUCUUCAAGCCUUUACCUGGACAAGACAAACCUAUCAGAACUGUGCUGACAAAAGGAAUCGCUGGCAUUGGAAAAACAGUCUCUGUGCAGAAGGUCAUCCUUGACUGGGCAGAGGGAAAAGCAAAUCAGGACGUUCAUUUCAUGUUUCCUCUUCCUUUCCGUGAUCUGAACCUGAAAAAGGACCAAUACAGUCUGAUGCAACUUCUUUCCCACUACUUCUCAGAGCUGAAAGAGAUUGACAGCAUUGAAGAUGGGGAAACCAAAACUGUUUUCAUUUUUGAUGGUCUGGAUGAGUGUCGACUUCCUCUAGACUUCAAAAACAAUGAGAGGUGCUGUGAUGUCACGAAGCCAACCUCAGUGGACGUGCUGCUGACAAACCUCAUCAAGGGGAAUCUGCUUCCCUCUGCUCUCCUCUGGAUAACCUCACGGCCUGCAGCAGCCAAUCAGAUCCCUCCUGAGUGUGUUGACCAGGUGACAGAGGUACGAGGGUUCAAUGAUCCACAGAAGGAGGAGUACUUCAGGAAGAAAAUCACAGAUCAGAAUCUGGCCAAUGAAAUCAUCAAACACAUGAAGACAUCAAGGAGCCUCCACAUCAUGUGCCACAUGCCAGUCUUCUGUUGGAUAUCAGCCACUGUCCUUGAGAUGAUGCUGAAAGAGGCAGAGAAGGAUGAAGUCCCCAAAACUCUGACCCAGAUGUUCACACACUUCACGCACAUCCAAAUCAUUGUGAAGAACAAGAAGUACAACAAAGCCACAGAGACAAACCCAAAGGAACUGUCUCAGUCAGACAAAGAGAUGAUCCUGAAACUGGCAAAGCUGGCUUUCCAACAGCUGCAGAAGGGCAACCUGAUAUUCUAUGAGGAGGACCUGAGAGAGUGUGGCCUUGAUGUCACAGAGGCAUCAGAGUACUCAGCAUUGUGUACAGAGAUCUUUAAAGAAGAAUCUGGGCUGAACCAAGAGAAGGUCUACAGCUUUGUGCAUCUGAGCAUGCAGGAGUUUCUAGCAGCAGUGCAUGCUUUAGAAUCAUGUCUGGACAAGAAGGAAAAUGUUUUUUCCACCACUAGUGAGGAUGAAGAUGAGGAGUCAAUCCAGUUGUCUGACUUACACAGGAGAGCAGUGGACCAGGCCUUGAAGAGUGAGAAUGGACACCUGGACCUGUUCCUCCGCUUCCUUCUGGGUCUCUCACUGGAGUCCAAUCAGAAUCUGUUACGAGGCCUUCUGACACAGACAGGAAGUACAACACAGAGCAAUGAGGAAACAGUUGAGAGAACAGUCAGGUACCUUUCAGACAAGAUCAAAAGGGAAUCCUCACCACAAAGGAUCAUCAACUUGUUCCACUGUCUGAAUGAACUUGGUGCCAACUCUCUAGUUGAAGACAUGCAAACCUCCCUGCGAUCAGGAACUCUUUCAGAAACAGAGCUAGAACCUGACCAAUGUUCAGCCCUGGCCUACCUGUUACUGAUGUCAGAGGAGGUGCUGGAGGAGUUUGACCUGAAGACAUACACCACAUCAGAGACAGGUUAUCAGAGGUUGCUGCCGGUAGUGAAAACCUGCAAGAGAGCACUACUGGAUCGCUGUGAACUCACAUAUGAAUCCUGUGAGACUCUGGCUUCAGCUCUGCAGACACCAAACUCCCCCCUGAGAGAACUGGACCUCAAAUACAAUGACCUGGGAGACAGAGGAGUGGAGCUGCUCUGUGUUGGACUAACCAGUCCACUCUGCAACAUACAGACACUAGUUCUAGGUCAGUGUGGUCUGACAGAGGGUUGCUGUUCAGAUCUGGCCUCAGUCCUGAGUUCACCCAACUCACAACUGAAACAACUGGAGCUGAGAGACAAUGACCUGCAGGACUCAGGAGUUACACUGCUGUCUGCUGGACUGGAGGAUCCAGACUGUAAACUACACACACUGGGGCUGUCUGGCUGUCUGGUCACAGAGGAGGGCUGUGCUGCUCUGUCUUCAGCUCUGAGGUCAAACCCCUCCCACCUGAAAGAGCUGGACCUGAGCUACAAUCACCCAGGAGACUCUGCAGGGGGACUGCUUUCAGCUGCUCUGGUGGAUCCCACAGAUAAACUGAUGAAGCUGAAUGUGGAUCAUGGUGGAGAGUUCAGGCUGAAAUCAGGGCUGAGGAAAUAUGCCUGUCAUCUCACCCUGGACCCAAAUACAGCAAACCCACACCUGAUACUGUCUGAGGGGAACAGGAAGGUGACACGGGUGGAGGAGAAGCAGCAUUAUGAAGACCAUCCAGACAGAUUUGACAGUCUUCCCCAAGUUCUCUGCAGAGAAGUCUUAUCUGGAUCUCGUUAUUACUGGGAGGUGGAGAAGGAUGGUGACUGGGCUGGCAUUGGUGUGGUGUACAAAGGAAUACAGAGGAAGGGAGAGGAUGACAGUUGUAUUGGAUACAAUAGGAAGUCCUGGGCUUUAUUAUGCUCUGACAGUGAAUAUGACUUUUACCAUUCUGCAGUCAUCAGAUCCAUCCCUGGUCCUGUUUCUAACAGAGUUGGAGUGUAUCUGGACUGGCCAGCUGGUACUUUGUCCUUCUAUAGUGUGUCCUCCUCUGGUACACUGACACACCUUUACACAGAACACACCACAUUCACUGAACCCCUCUAUCCUGGGGUUGGGUUUGGGAUUGGGGCUUUCUCCUCCUCCUCAGUGACCCUGUGUCAGAUAGAUGACCAACACAUUCAAAGGUGAGUCAUAGCAAUGUUUUAUCAUGUGUUUUCCUCUGGAAUCAUUCCUACAAUUAGAUUAGUAUUGGUGUGUUUUAAUGUGUUCUGUUGGACCUACAGACAGUUAGAUUAGUAGUA